UGCUUUAAUCCUGGGUCACACAAAGUUUAAGAGUGCUUUACAGGGGAGACUCACUUCUUUUUGCCUCAACCUUUCCAUGCUGACGGGAUGUUACGGACUUUGCUGCUUACACUCUCUGUAGUUGCCAUUGCUCAUGCUGAGCUCUGCAAGCCAGAUGCACAGAAUGCUUUCAAAGUACGGAUUAGUAUCAAAACAGCUUUGGGAGAUAAUGCAUAUGCCUGGGAUGCUAAUGAGGAAUACCUCUUCAAAGCAAUGGUGGCUUUUGCAAUGAGAAGAUAUUCCAGCAAGAGCACAACUCAAAUUUCCAAUGUACUGCUCUGCAAUGUGACAGACCGGGUGUCCUUUUGGUUUGUGGUCACUGAUUCUUCCAAAAAUGUGACAACUGUUCCUGGAAGUGAGGUAGAAGCAGCCAUCAGGAUGAACCGGAACAGAAUCAACAAUGCCUUCCUACUGAGUGACAAAACACUGCAGUUCCUGAAGAUAACCUCCACCUUAUCACCUCCUGUUGAACCCUCUACGCCUGUCUGGCUUAUUGUAUUUGGUGUUGUUCUUUGUCUCAUUGUGGCUGGGAUUAUUUUCCUCAUUAUUUCAGGGAUUCGGAAACACAAGAAAAAGAAUAAAGAGUCAACAGAGAGAGAAAAUUUAGAAGAGAAAGUUGAAGUGACACUAGAAAAUGGGAUUCCUUGUGAAGCACUGGAUUUAAAAACAGGCCACGUUAAUGGAGUCUUUGCAGCAGAUGAUGAGCGGUUCACAUCCCUAUGAAAUGCUGCCACUGCUCUCUGGUGGUUUCUGAAAGACUCCUGUGCCUGCCUUUUCUCCUCACUACUCCUGAAUGCCAAACAUGAAGAGAAGAAAAACGUCCUUUCACGUAAUUUCCCUUGAGAGAACCUUUUGCUGAGAACACAAACACUUGAACCUCCACUACAGUUCUUUUUCACGAGCAACGCAAAUAAGAAGGCCUCAGAUAAUAUCCAGAAAAGAUUUCCAGAAGAUGUGUGGCAGAACAGGGUUGGAACAUGCCUUGUGCCAGGCAUCUCAUUUUUUAAUGAUUAUUUAAAUAUGUCCAUUGUUUGUUUUUCCCUGACAUAAAUGUGAAACUGCAUUACUCCUGAAUGUCACUGGGGAGAUCAUCUAUAAUUGCCAAUUCUUGAUGGGUUUUCUUUUAAGCCAUGUGCAAAAGUUCUUUGUAAAAUUACUUCUGUUUGCUGCUAUGUAGUAUGCCUUUGGAUGGAACAGUCAUCAAUGAAUUAAAGUUCUCAUUUAUUGAGAAACAAAAAGCUUUCACAGCCUCUGUAAGACCAGGUCAAAACACCUGGAUCAUCUAUAGCUCUGGGGUUAGCAAAAAUCUGGUACUAGAUAUGUUUUUCAUUUAACUGUCAAAGUUACAGUUUUUGAGCUGGAAAUUAAAAGUUGCAAAACUCUGAAA